AUGAGUACCGGUCCGCGACCAGAGACGCCCUCAGCUGAGUACCGGCUCCGACUGAGUCGCCGGACGAGUACGGCUCCGACGACCAUGAGAUACCGCUCCGCGACAUAUGAGUACACGGCUCGCACAGUGAAGUCCUGCCCUCGCGACCAUGAGUACGCGUCCGCGACCAUGAGUACCCCGGCUCCGCGACAUGAUAGCCCCCUCCCACGUCACCCCGUGACUCCCGAGUGGAGGGUAACCAGCCACUCUCACGCCUAUACUGAGCGACCCCAUACACGGGCCGUCCAGGAAGUGUACUGGCUCCCCUACGGAGCCCCCCAGCCUCAGGCGCUUACGUACUCCCCUCCCUUACCAAGCGCCCCCCCAGAGAGUCUAACAGCUGACUCCCUCCCCUACAAGCCCCCCAGGAGCGGCCUACACGUCCUCUUCCAGGUGGGCACAGAGUUCACCACCAUCCUCUACAACUUCAUGUGUAACUCCAGCUGUGUGGGAGGCAUGAACCGACGCCCCAUACUCAUCAUCGUCACCCUGGAAGCCAGAGAUGGUCAGGUGCUMGGWCGUCGRUGCUUCGAGGCCAGGAUCUGUGCGUGUCCUGGCCGGGACCGCAAGGCGGACGAGGACAGCAUCCGCAAGCAGCAUGUUACUGACGGAACAAAGACCAGUGAGGGUAUGAAACGCCCCUUCCACCAGGUCUCUCAUGGAAUACAGAUGUCCUCCAUCAAGAAGAGAAGAUCUACAGAUGAGGAAGUGUUCUGUCUGCCCAUUAAAGGCGAAAUCUAUGAGAUUUUGGUCAAAAUCAAAGAGUCACUGGUCAUGCAGUUUCUGCCUCAGCACACUGUCGAGUCAUACAGGCAGCAGCAGCAGAACCUCCUGCAGAAACAGAGCGGCAUGGCCCCCCAGCCCCAGUAUGGCUCCAGCUCCCCUCCUCCCCCCCACGGCAAGGUCAACAAGCUCCCCUCCGUCAGCCAGCUCAUCAACCCCCAGCAACGCAACACCCUCACCCCCUCCUCCAUGGUCCAAGGCCUGACUGACAUGACUCCGAUGAUGGGCCACAUGGCUAUGAAUGCUGACAUGUCGGCCCUGAGCCCCGCACACAUCCUGCAGCCCCAGUUACCCAUGGUGCCCAGCUCCCACUGCACCCCACCGCCUCCCUACCCUAUGGACAGCAGCAUCUCCAGCUUUCUUCUGCGGCUGGGCUGCGCAGCCUGCCUGGACUGUUUCACAGCACAGGGCCUGACCAACAUCUACCAGAUCGAGAACUAUAACUUGGAGGACCUGUCCCGGCUGAAGAUCCCGCAGGAGUUCCAGCACGUCAUCUGGAAGGGCAUCAUGGAGCACCGGCAGAGCAUGGAGUUCUCCCCUCCUCCCCACAUCCUGCGUACCUCCGGCGGCGCCUCCACCGUCAGCGUAGGGUCCUCCGAGGCCCGCGGCGAGCGGGUCAUCGACGCCGUGCGCUUCACCCUGCGCCAGACCAUCUCCUUCCCUCCGCGUGACGACUGGUCCGACUUCUCCUUCGACCUGGACUCCCGACGCAACAAGCAGCAACGCAUCAAAGAAGAGGGGGAAUAGAAAACCUCUCACUCUGGAUAGAAUUUCAAUCUAAGGUGCACUGUUGACAAGCGCACUGCACCAAUGGGUCUGUAAAAAGGCCAUUUCCCUGACGUUCAGAGAUCCCUUUUACAGUAAACGCUGUGGAUGCCGGCUCAAGCGCACAUUAUCAUUAAAAGUCGAGUGCAGUACGCUUGUCGGCAAUGGGCCUUGGCUUGAAGCCCCGCCUCUGUCUGUCAUACACCUGUUGAAGCCCUUUCUCUGUGCCCUUCUGAUGUCAUACACCUGUUGAAGCCCUUUCUCUGUGCCCUUCUGAUGUCAUACACCUGUUGAAGCCCUUUCUCUGUGCCCUUCUGAUGUCAUACACCUGUUGAAGCCCUUUCUCUGUGCCCUUCUGAUGUCAUACACCUGUUGACCAACCACACUCCCGUAUCACGGUACAGAACUAGGAAAUCUCUGCUUCAAAAGUUCUCUGGGUCCGUUUUCCUCAAAAGCAUCUUAAUAAGGCUAAGUUCAUUGUUAGAACCCUCGUUUUGGAGCAGAACCAAAAAAACAUUGUUGGAAGUUGUUUACCGACCUGGCUCAGACCAGCUAAGUGCGUCGUCAUUAGACUAAGUUACAUCGCGAAGCGGGAAAACCGGACCCUGGUCCGAUAUCCUAAAUAGCAAAUAAAAAUGCACUUAUUUUAUUGAAAAGCCAGCUAGAGGAUGAGACAAAUUGUGUUUUUAGAAAAGAUACAUUUCAUAUUUUUUUUUAUUUUUUUUUUUUAAAUCAAAUUUCUUGAGACAAAGCUCUUAAAUGCUUUUGUGAUUUGCUUUGAUAUUGUUUUAAUACGUUUUAUAAUCCAUUCCAAUGUUAAAGCAUGACUUUAGGAAACCUUUUGGGGGAUUUGUUGUUGGGCCAUAGAAGGUGUAUGACCAGGAUUCAAUCCAAAGUGCGUUAGACAGAUGAGACCUUCAAAAUAAAGAUAGAAAAAUGUAUUUAUGUAGGUGCUUCUGUCUUGCUGUUGACCCACUUAGCAAACAUCUGUCAACUGCUACCAUUUCAUAAAUAAUAAUAUACGAUUAUAAAUUCACAAAUAUCCCAAAGUACAACAAGAUACUCAUUGGACAGUUUAUUAGGUACACCCAUUUAGUACCGGGUCAGAACCCCUUUGCCUCCAGAACAGCCUGAAUUCUUCAGGAAAUUGAUUAUACAAGGUGUGGUGUUCAAACGUUGCUCAAUUGGUAUCAAGAGACCUACACGUGUGCCAGGAACACAUUCCCCAUACCUUCACACCACCAGCCUGUACUGGGGCGAUGGGUUCACGCCAAAUCCAUCCGUGACAAGGACCAACGAGUUGUGCGUUCCGAGAUGCCGUUCCGCACACCACUGUUGUACUGUGUCGUUAAUUGUCUGUUAGCUUGCACGAUUCUUGUCGUUCUCCUUCGACCUCUCAUUUCGUCCACAGGUCUGCCGCUGACUGUAUGUUUUGUUGCACCAUUCUCGUUAAACCCUAGAUACUGUAAUGCACGAAAAACCCAGGAGGCCGGACAUUUCUGACAUACUGGAAGUGGCGCGCCUGGCACCAAAGAUCAUACCAUGCUCAGUCACAACGAGCGACCUAACGUUCAAUCGAACAGUACAUGACUGCCUCAAUGCCCGUCUGCCUGCUUUUAUAUACCGAGCCACAGCCACGUUACUCACUGUCUGUAGGAGCGAACCAUUUUCGUGAACGGGGUGCUGUACCUAACAAAUUGGCCACUGAGUACAUUCAUCAAUUUAACACUUCAGCUCCGCGAUAAGCUUGCUGUUGCCAUGCCAAUGUGACAUUAUACCAGCUACAGUGUAUAUAGAGCCGAGGGGGGAAAUUAUUAUAUUUUCACCUACUCUACCAUAUUAACCGAUUAUGCGUAAGUACAAUAGCUUUGGUCCAAUUAAAUGUUGCAUUGUUGCUAGUGGUUGUACUAAACAAUCCUCUAUAUACACACGUUGCUUUAGUUUACAUUGUGAACCUAGCUAGCCAAUAUAGCUAGUAGUAGUAGCUUCUUGAUUUAGUAAAAUAAUCAGUGGUGUGUGUGUGUAUAUAGUCGAGGCCAUAUGCAACCAAAUGUAACUUUAUUUUCGCAUUUCAAUUCACAUGAUCUAAUAAAUGCGUGGAUCAACAAUUGACGCAAAGCAAGCGCAACACGGAUAGAGAAGCAGCUUUCAUUGAUUUCAAAGCAUUUUUCCUCAAAUGCGAAUGCUCAAUAUGGGACGCCCGAUAGCUAAUAGUAGCAGGGAGGUUCUCCAGUAGUAAUCUGGUUACAUUGUUUAAUUUGGUUUCGUUAUCUAGAUCGCCAGUUGUCUCAUUCAUUCACCGUUGCUGAUCAAGGACCGUUACUAAGGAAGCUAGUGUUGCUGAUCAAGGACCGUUACUAAGGAAGCUAGUGUUUCUAUGGGGCUACCAGCUACAUUAGCUUGUAGGCUAGCGGACUUUUCAUACGUUUUGUGAAGACAUAUGUACGACCUCCGAAAACAUUACUGAAUUGAAUAUGGUGCUUCUCCACCCGCUUACCUUCAAUAUAAAGAUAUAUAUAUAUAUAUUUAUCACCGAUAAAUACACCGAUACAUGUAUUUAUCGGUGCUGUUGACCGAUAAUGGCAAACUUCUCAACUGCCAUAGUGCAAAGCCCACCAGAAGAAGUAACCUCACAUAACAGGCGAGUGGAGGCCUCUAGUGGUCAUAUUGGUACUUCACCAUAUACUGCUAAAUACGGGCCAAAAAAUUUGAAAUACUCAUUACACUUCGGCUCAAGCCUAAAUGACCAUUAAGAGUAUAAUGCUCUGCUCUUUACUGCGCCUUGGGUUGAAUCCCGAUCUGUUGCUCUAGACUGGACUGUCGUGAUUGCCUGCUGUUUUUAGUCCACGACACUGUUUUUACCUGCUGGUCACAAGCCGGUCUUGAUUGUAUACAUUUCAAGAUAUUUUUUACUUUGUGUCAGAGAAAAGUGUUAUUAUAUAAUUUGUUUGGUUGGAUUGGUUGAUUUUUUUUUUACCACAGAACAAGUUAUUGCCUUGUAUUGUGCGCCUGUGUUAACCCUUCUGCUUCCAGGAUUUUCAGAAACCUGGGGAUUUUGCAACCCUAUUGUUAGUUAAACCAUUGUGUUUAUAACUCUUGGGGGAAGUUACUGGAAUAGUUUUAGUUAAAUCGUGUUUAUAACUCUUGGGGAAAUUACUGUAAUUUUGCUACCCUAGUGUUGGUUAAACCAUCGUGUUUAUGACUGCUUACUGUAUUUCUACGUGAAUGAGAAUGCAUCAUCACACAAACUUUUAUCUGAAGUAUUUACGUUACUCAUUACGUAACUGAAUUUAACAGCUCAACACGCUCAUGGCCCUUGAGGUGAUAUCAAUAACGUUACAGAUCUUGAUAUUGUCCAAAAUAGCACCCUACGGUCGAAAGUAGUACACUGUAUAGGGUGCCAUUUGGGACACAUUUUAAUUGCCUGCUUGUUCUGCCAUCUAACGCGGUGUACAGUCUUUUGUAUUUUGUGGGUCUGUUGAACAUUUACUGGGCUAUAUUUCUCUAUUACAAAACGAUCCUUGAGAUUUGUAUUGCUGGAUUUUUGGAACCACAUUUUGUAAACUGUUUUUUUUUGUUAUGGAUUAACUUGAUGGCCCAAAAUAUUGAGAUUAUUGUAUAUACAUUUGUAUAGAGUUCUUUUCUAAAAACGAGUUGCUGUUAUGUAUUUUUUACAAAAAAAUAAAUAAAAAGGAUUUGGCUUAGAAUAGUGCAUGGUUAAAAGCCAUUAUGGUACAAAAGGGGUUUGGGUUAUUUGUAUUCAUUUAAAUGAAUACGUCACUGUUCUCACAAACGGUCUGUGUAGUGUUGCCAUAAACAUAGUUAUAUAAUUUCAAUAUUAAAAAGUGUGAUAGCAUGUUCAUUCAGUGGUUAUGAAUGACCCCUAGUAUGUCAUUAUGUUGGUACAUUGAAAGCAGAACCUAGGUACUGUAAUCUGCUGUUCCACAAUUUUUGUAAAAUGAAUUGUAAAUAUGUUGCAAUGUACUUAUUUUGAUAAACAAAAUAAAAUAUCCCAAGUUAUCAACUGCU